UUCAGUCUUGGUCAGUCAUAAAGUUUGCACUUGCUGAACGGUUGCCGUGUGUUGUAACACUAGCCGUAUACAAUUAGCAUUGCAUACUCCACGGGAUCCUGUCCGUCUGGAUCACCGUCCUGGACUCAUCCUGAGUUCCACAUUAUAGGCCGAUAGCUCCGGCUUCAUAAUUGGCCAUUCGCUGUUGUGUUUCGCUGUUUCUGGGGAUUUCCACCCCGCACAUUUUUGUGGUGUUUUGACGGAUCUACAGCGCAGCUGCGCUGGCUGUAGGAUCCGAUCUCAUUAUUCUGGUGUUUGCUGCGCCACGGUGCAAACCUUAGAUUUCGGCAUUAAAGUCUCAAUCCGGGUUCGCCGCUGUUUCGCCGUCGAAGAUUCUGUGAUCGCAAUCAAGCAAAUAAUGACAAUCGGGGUUUUGCGCUCCUUAUGAACAACGAACGGAAGUCGGGUGGCCAUCACUACAGUGUAGGGGUCCGUCAGAUCGAACUUCACGUCCACAUCCAAAGGGCGACCACUGCCGCUGUUUCUGGCUGCGCAGUGCCGGGCCGUGGUUCCCCUUUCUCGACAUUAUCUGCGACACCACGGUCUACAUCACUAAAAACCCCUCCCUCGGCUUCGACACGGUCGCGUCCGCGUUCCUUCUCCUAAUCUGCGUCGUACCAACGUUGGCGCUGUGCAUACUGCUGCCGUACAGUCUGCUGGUGAACACACCUUCCUGGGCCAUUCACGAUACACCGGCGGGUUUCCUCAUCACCACCCGCUACCGCACCUGCUGCAGCCGGAUUGUGGCCGCCGUCGUCUUCGUGGUAUACGUGACGUCGGUGUGGGUGCCGCCCAUUCUGACCCUGAAUCUGGCCAUCUGGUUAGCCCGGGCGGUUGCCGGCGAUGCCGCCGUGUUGCCGGCCAGCAGCGUCGUGGUGGGAGGGUGGGCGGUGUUUUGCAUGUUGAAUCUCGCGGGGAUUGUGAGGAUUCCGUCGCGGAUUGGGAUGUUCUUUCGAAUCUGGCUGAGAGACAGUUACCGGCUCGAGAAGAGGAGCGACGCAGAAAGGACCGCCGAGGUCAAUGCAGCGGAUUUACAGCGACCGCUUGUCUUCAUCGGCGUGAUGUUCUUUCUAGGACUGCUGCUUCACCUGAGCUAUCCUAACAAUCUCUACUCCCUUUUUGUGCACGCUGUGAUACCGGAUGUGACGAAACACUCCAGCGAACCGGCAAACGGAACCGAAAGUCUUAACGGGACUGAAGCCGCCGGAAAUGGGACGGAACUUGUGAUGCUGCACGGGAUUACCGCCCGCAUGUCCUACUGGGUGGACCUGCGCCCCUGCUGGGACAACACCACCUACGAAGCUUUAUUCCCGGACGGCGCCAACGACCUCUCUCCCGGCGUGUUAACUGUCGGCUGGUUGGGCUAUGUCAUCUCGGCGCCGUUCUGUAUCCUCUAUCACUUUGCCAUACCGCUGUUGCCGUGGAUCUUGCUACUGUCUGCGUGCUUCUGGUGUUGCUGGGAAUGCUGUACCGCGAAGCGCACUCAAGACACCAACGCGAAGCGCCAACCACUGGCCGAACAGACGGACCAGGGAAUCCCAGCGGUCAGCUGGGUGUAUAUGAUAGCCGGUCAUGUCGUCCUGUACGGGUCCUGGUGCUAUGCGGCACGGACCAGCUGGGAGUUUCUCUUUCCCGAACGCGCCUGCUUACCGCUGCAUAUCCUGGCGAUCGUGGCCUACAUGGUUGUCGGGAUCGUCUGGUUUUGGAAGGCGGUGCGGCAGGCAGGACGCCCGGGUCAGAGUCGGGUGAGCUGUGGUUAUGGAGCGAUUUCGGGUGGCGAUGAAGGAUUCGCUUAAACCGCCAAACUGACCAAAGGAUUCUGCAACGGACGGCCUUGUCUUUUGUUUUUACUUACUCAGUUACUCUCAUAGGUUUUUGGGAUGCAAUCAUUGUUGAUCUUAGUUUUUCGUUAGCUUUGCUUUACUAGAAUCUCCAUAAUUCAGUCUUGUACUCACUUAGGCAAC